AUGAGAAUUCCACUCCUUUCAAGGCUUCUCCCGAUAUUCAUAUGCUCACUUACCCUCAUCUUUGCCGUGUCUGGUCAAUGUCUUCGCGAUCAGCGCUCCUAUUUGCUCGAAUUGAAGAAUAGCUUCUUUUUCGGAACUGAUUUUUCCAAUAAAGUGCUGCCUUGGAAUGAAAGUGUUGAUUGCUGUUCGUGGGAAGGAGUAACCUGCAGCGAGGGACGUGUUGUCGGUCUCAACCUCGACAACCAACCAAUCUAUGGUAAACUUGACAGUUCAAGUAGCCUUUUCCGUCUUCAUUAUCUACAGCACCUGAGUUUGGCUUAUAACGACUUCCGUGAUUCUUGUAUUCCACCAGAAUUCGGAAAUCUGACAAAUUUGAUUUAUUUGAAUUUGUCACGCACUAGCUUUACUGGGCAGAUUCCCAUUGAGAUUUCGCGCCUCACAAGGUUAGUUACUCUCGAUUUAUCUGACAUUUCUAAUGAAGAAUAUCAGAACCUGGAGGGCCCAAAUUUAGUUACGCUAGUUCAGAACCUUACGCGCCUUACGGAACUUUAUCUUGAUUUUGUAAAAAUAUCAUCGCAAGGGAAUGAUUGGUGUCAGGCCUUAUCAUCUUCGCUGCCAAAUCUAAGAGUGUUGAGCAUGUCAUGUUGUGAUCUUCGGGGGCCUCUUGAUUCCUCCUUACGGAAGCUUCAGUCUCUAUCCAUAGUUAAUCUCUGGGGUAACGAUUUUUCUGCUCCAAUUCCAGAAUUUUUUGCAGAUUUUAGAAAUUUGACUUUCUUCGAUCUCAGUUAUUGUGGAUUGAAUGGGCAAUUUCCAAAGAAGAUCUUCCAGGUUCCAACACUGCAGACGGUAGACUUAUCAAGUAAUGAACUACUUCAAGGUUCUUUGCCAGAAUUUUAUCCAAAUGGUUCUCUUCAGUCACUGCAGCUUAGCGGUUCAAAAUUUUCAGGGACACUUCCUGAUUCUAUUGGCAACCUUAAAAGGUUAUCUGAAAUAUAUCUUACAGGGUGCAAUUUCAAUGGAUCAAUCCCAAACUCCUUGUCAAACCUUACUCCAUUGGUUUAUUUGGACAUGUCAUCAAAUUACUUCACCGGAUCAAUUCCAAACUCCUUGUCAAACCUUACUCAAUUGGUUUAUUUGGACAUGUCAUCAAAUUACUUCACCGGAUCAAUUCCAUCAUUCAGCAUGGCAAAGAACCUGAUCAUGAUAAAUCUUUCUUAUAAUCAUUUGACAGGUCAGAUUACUGAAGGGAGUAUUCCAGCAUCUCUUUUUUCCCUUCCAUCAUUGCGAACAUUGCUUGUUGGCAACAACCAUUUUUCUGGUCAACUCCAUGAAUUUUCAAAUGUUUCUUCCUUCCUGCUGGAAGAACUUGAUUUGAGCAGCAACAACUUGGAAGGGCCAAUUCCCAUGUCUAUCUUUGAACUCCAAGGUCUUCAAGACCUAACACUUUCUUCAAACAACUUUAAUGGCUCUUUACAGCUUAAUGUGAUUCAGCAGUUGAGAAAUCUUACCUAUCUGGAUCUUUCCAAUAACAACUUGUUGAUUGAAUACAAUGGAACUAAUUCCUCACUAUCCUCCUUUCCCCAAAUUAUGAGAUUGAAUUUGGCUUCUAACAAGUUGAAAACAUUUCCUGAAUUCUUGAGACACCAAGCCAAUUUAGAACGUCUAGACCUUUCAGAUAACCAAAUACAUGGGGAGAUACCCAACUGGUUUUGGAAAAUUCCUAUGCCUUUUUAUGUAAAUCUCUCAUGUAACUACCUUGAGGGACCUUUACACAAUCUUUCUUCAACAAAUUUCCUAGACCUUAGCUCCAACCAACUCCAGGGACAACUCCAAACUCCCCUUCCGUAUUGUUAUUAUCUAGACUUGUCAAGGAAUAAUUUCUACUCUGUUCUACCAGAGCUAGACAUUGAAUGGAGUAUCAACUCUGUUAGUGCUUUCUUAUCUCUUUCGAGCAAUAAAUUCCAUGGGCAAAUCCCUGAAUCAAUAUGCAAUGCUGCAGCUCUUGGAGUUCUAGAUCUGUCUAAUAAUUCCAUAAAUGGAACAAUUCCCCAAUGCUUGUUGUCUUCAACGAGUAAUACUUUAAAGGUUCUGAAUCUAAGGAGAAACAAACUCACUGGAAAAAUCUCUGAUACAUUUCCAAGCAAUUGUAGCUUACAAACUCUGAAUGUCAACACAAACCUACUAGAAGGAGUGGUACCAAAGUCUCUCGCCAAUUGCACAAAUUUGGAGGUAUUGGACAUUGGGAACAACAAGAUACAUGAUUCCUUCCCUUGUCACUUGAAGGGCAUGUCUAAUUUGCAUGUCCUAGUCUUGCAUUCGAACAAAUUUUAUGGAUCUGUUGGUUGUGGAGGGUCAAAUGUUACUUGGCCGAUUCUUCAAAUUGUAGACCUAGCCUCUAACAACUUUAGUGGUAGGCUAUCAAUAAAAUCCUUGGCUAACUCAAAGUUAAUGAUGGCUGAUAAUGAGGCUCAAUCAGGGCUCAAUUACCUCCAAUUUGAUCCUAGAGAAUACGUUGAAGGUAGUUAUUAUUAUCAAGAUGUAAUAACAGUUACCAUUAAAGGUCAGAUAAUUGAGUCGGUGAAGAUUCUUACUAUUUUCACUUCAAUUGACCUUUCAAGCAACAAUUUUGAAGGGCCAAUACCAGAAGAAAUAGGAGUACUCAAAUCCUUGCAUAUUCUCAACUUGUCGCACAAUUGUUUCACAGGCCGAAUCCCACUGUCUCUGGGAAAUUUAAGUCAACUUGAGUCACUAGACUUAUCAAGCAACAAGCUUAGUGGUGAGAUCCCUGUGCAACUUGCAGAUAGUCUUACUUUCCUUGCAGUCUUAAACCUUUCAUUCAAUCAAUUAGUUGGGCCAAUUCCAUACAUCAAGCAAUUUGCAACAUUUUCGGAAACUUCCUACGAAGGGAACAAAGGACUAUAUGGGUGUCCUUUGAAGAGAAACUGCACAUCUGCAGAGCCACGAUCACCACCUCCAACAUUUGAAGAUAGUAACUCAAAUUCUCGGCCCUUGAUUGACUGGAAUUUCCUAAGUGUAGAGCUGGGAUUUGUUUUUGGCUUUGGGAUGGUCAUUUGGCCGAUUAUGUUUUGUAAGAGGUGGAGGAUUCGGUAUUGUAAACACGUUGAUGACAUUUUAUUCAGAAUCUUCCCACAGCUGUACCUUGGAGGAAAACAAUACCGUGGAAUUCGAGCACAUGGGAAUGCGGGGCUGAGGCAUUAG